CCCCUUUCUUUUUCCUUUCCAUUUCUCUCUCUUGGUUUGCUUUUCCGCCCCCCAUAGCAUCUUAGUUUUUUAUUCCACCUAAAAAGUAGAUAAUUAAAUUGACUGCAACAUAUGCGAGAGAAAGAGAGGGACAGAGAGAUCCCAUCUAGCAUAUAUCAGUUCAUGUUGUUUAGGGUUGGAACCAUAUAAUGAAGAAGCCUAGCUAAGCUACCCCAUUCCCUCUCCUUUUCUCCUAAUUCAAACACUAAUAUACUUCCUCCCACCUUACUACUUCUAACUGUUUCCAAACUGAGUCAAACUUAGGAUUCAAGAAAGCUAACAUGCUACAAAAGAUGGAUGAUGGAGAAAUUUCAAAUGCUUUCCCUCUUCAGAACCCAUCAACUGCUGCAUCUAACCAACCUCCUGUUUUGAAGAGGAAGAGAAACCUCCCUGGAAAUCCAGAUCCUGAAGCUGAGGUCAUAGCCUUAUCACCAAAGACUCUGAUGGCCACAAACAGAUUCGUGUGUGAAAUUUGUCUCAAGGGUUUCCAAAGGGACCAAAACCUUCAACUCCAUCGACGAGGGCACAACCUUCCAUGGAAGCUGAAGCAGAGAUCAAGCAAAGAAGUAAGGAAGAGGGUUUAUGUGUGUCCAGAGAAGACUUGUGUCCACCACCACCCUUCAAGGGCUCUGGGGGACUUAACUGGGAUUAAGAAGCACUUCUGCAGAAAGCACGGUGAGAAGAAGUGGAAGUGCGAGAAGUGCUCAAAGCGUUAUGCUGUGCAGUCAGAUUGGAAAGCUCACUCAAAAACAUGUGGUACCAGAGAAUACAAAUGUGACUGUGGCACUAUCUUUUCACGGAGGGAUAGUUUCAUCACUCACAGGGCUUUCUGCGAUGCCUUAGCAGAAGAAACAGCAAGGGUGAACGCAGCAACAAACAUUAGCAACUACAGCAUCAUGCAAAACCCCCUGGGUUCUAACAUGGCAACCCAUUUUUCAUCGUUUUACAAGCCAAAUUCGUGUGCCGAGGAGCCAGUCCCAGGUAAUCAAACAUCUAAGGGGCUAUCCCUUUGGAUGAGUCAAACAUCUCAGGCUCAUCAAACAAUUGCUAACAACAACUUGCAUGAGUUUCAUCAACUUGGGUCUGGUACUAGCCCAACCUCAAUUUACUGUGGUGGAAAUCCACUUGCUCCUUGCUCAAAUCCACCACCCUCUAAUUAUCAACUAAAUUGGGUGUUUGGAAAUAAAGUCUCCCCCAAUGGAAGCCAAGAGCUGAGUAGCACUGCUUCACUUCCACUAGUGAACAAUAUUGUUAAGGAUAACCCAAACCUGCAACUCAUAAGUGUUCCUUCCUUGUAUAGUUCCCAACACCAAUCCCAUCAAACAACCUCAGCAAACAUGUCAGCCACAGCUUUGUUGCAAAAAGCUGCACAAAUUGGGACAACUUCAUCGGACCCAUCAUUAUUCCUCGGGAGCAUAGGUUUGAAAUGCAACAGUCCAGGCCAAGAUGGGAACAAAUUUUGUGGCAUGUACGGUUCAAGUUCAGUACUCACAGGUCAUGAGGGAGAGAAUAAUUAUUCCGGUGAUUUGUCACAAAUGCCCCCUACAAAACGACGGCACGUACAGAAUGAAGAGAGUGUAUGGGGACAAACUAGGGAUUUUCUGGGCGUUGGUGUGCCAACCAUUUGCCACCCUUCAUCAACCAACGGAUGGACUUAAUUUGAUGUGGUAAAGUUUGUUCAAAUGUGAAGCCUUUUAGUUUCUUCUUUUCUUUACUUUCCUUUUUUUUUUCAUGAAAGGGAACAUAAUAAAUGGGGAUGAUGGAUGAUGAGGUUGAAAAAUAAGAAUAUAUGUGUUGAAAGUUUGCAAGGAGAAAAAGGCGAUGAAGGGUGAAAAGUUGGUAUAAAAACUCUUGAAGAGGUGAAAGAAGAGAGGAGAGAUCCAUGCAUAUUCUUUUGAAUCCUGAAAGCUAACCCUUUUUUAAAAUGGGUGGCUUUAAUUUUUGAUAAAGGAGAGGGAGUGUUUGUGGAGUAGUGGGGGCAAAGGAUAGAACCACUUUUGAACUCCAUUAUUGCUCAGUUUCAUCUCCAUUGUGGUUGUUGCCUGUCAAACUGGACUCAAAAGACAAUUUCCAAUCACCAAAAAGCAUCAUUCUAUAGUACAAAUAGGCUUUUAGCCUCUUCAUUAUUAUAAAAUAACCUCAUGUACCCUUUCAUUCCAUCAACAAAUCAUGCACAAAUGUACUAUACCUA